AUGGGUAUCGUUGCCAACAUUUUGGUUUUGGCUCUAGGUUUCCUUGUUUCCUCUGCCAACGAAGCAGAUGAACGGUUGUUUGACAAUUGUGGCUGUAAUAUCUCUGAACUUGAUCCCGAUCACGAGUGCACAGGCAGCUUUUCCCCUGUCACCUACCCAGAGGUAGGCACCUUCACAGCUGAUCUAUGGUGUCAUCGCAGGGGAUUCCCACCAAAGCAUCCGGACGAAAUAGGUACCACGUUUCGCCUGUACACCAGCAAGAACCCGUCAUCACCGACGGUGAUAUCGACGUCAUCACUGGGGUAUCCCUUCUCUGCCUCCAGUCCUACCAAGUUCGUCAUUCACGGAUUCACAGACAACGGGGAAAAAGAUUGGGUGCUGAAUUUGAAAGAUGAACUACUCAAAAAGGGUGACUUCAACGUGAUCGGCGUAGAUUGGGAAAAGGGAGCUACUGCAGGUUUUAUUGUUAGCGGCUACUGCCAGGCACGGCAGAACAUUCGAGUGGUGGCCCGCCAAAUCGCCAACCUUAUCAAGAAGAUGCAGUCUUCGUUUUCGGAAUUUGACCUCGAUGACGUGCACAUUAUCGGACACAGUCUGGGCGGUCAGAUGGCCGGGUAUGUUGGCGAAGAGUUUGGUGGUAAAAUUGGACGCAUCUCAGGUAUGGAUCCCGCAGAACCCGAAUUCGAAGGCGAUGAGACAGGCUGCCGACUUGACCCGACCGAUGCCAAAUUCGUUGACGCCAGCCAUUGCUCAAUGUAUGGCAUAUACCAGCCGGUGGGCCAUGUAGACAUCUAUCCAAACUAUGGCACCCACAUGCCCGGAUGUGUCAUCUGGCCAAACCUGAUGGAGGCCGAGUGCGGGCAUCUCAAGGCCAUUGACUACUUCACAGACAGCAUCAACAACGACUGCAGCGCCUUAGCUUACCCCUGCACCUGGCAGAAUGGCCAAGAACAAGGAUGCAAAUACAGUGGUCAGAGUGGCGUCAGCGGUGUCAAAUUUGGUUACCAAGCCGACCAGACACCGUCGAGUUUGUAUGGUCUGUACACCAUGAUGACCAAUGAAAACGCGCCGUUUUGCGACCCGAACACCACACCUUAAAACAAUUGAAGUAGACCUAGUAUAGGGAGUUCCCAAUUCACAAUCUCGUCCCAGGUAUCGAUGACUGAUUAGAAAUUUGUCAAAUUAGAAACUUUUUAAUCAGAGACGAUGUACAGAAUGCUAUUUUAUUGCCUUUUGAUAAACCACUGAUGGCAUUUAUAGUAUGUAUCUUCUACAAGCCAUGUCGACUCUUAAGGUGCUCCAUAUACCCGGUAGUGGCGUUUCCAGAUCUGGUGUCUACAGGUAUGCCCUGAAAAAGACAGUUCACAUUUUCAGUCCGUGACAGAACCAACCAAAAAUAAACGUUGUGCUGCUUUCUCUUCCGGGAAACUGAGCCCCCCUGCAAGUCGGCAGCCACUGUCAUCCGGAUUGCAGUGAAUUACAAUACUUCUGCUGUAUGGCUUCCUCUCUGCAGUAAAAUACCACACGUUACUUUCUAUACGGUUUUCCUUCUUGUGGUAGAUAACUGCACUUAAUCGUGUUACACUCCGCUGACCAUUCAUUGAAUGCCC